AUGAGGUCCCUGCUGAAGCUGGUUGUGAUCCUGUUCUGCAUCCAGAGGGGAGAGAGCCACUGGCUCAGGUCCCUGAUUGGACAGAGAAAAGAAACAUCUCCACAAAUGUCACCAAACAAUGACAAGAGAAGCGGAGAGCCAGAUGACGGCUCAGCAGAAGCUUCUGGGGUCGGGCCAUCACCAGACCCCAUCAUCCCGAUCCCAGUCCGAUCACGCCGCUCCACUCUAGACUCCCACUGCGGCCUGCGCUCCAUCCUGCUGCAGGUUCGAGACCUCGGGUUGGGCUACGACUCAGACGAGACCGUCCUCUUCAAGUACUGCAGCGGGACGUGUCCUCGCGUUCGCUCCAACCACGACCUCACCCUCACCAACCUGCUGCUGAGCGGCGUGCUCCCUCGGCCGGCACCGGGGGAACUGUGGCACAACGCGCCCUGCUGCAGGCCCACCCACCACGAGGACAUGGCCUUCCUUGAUAACUCACAUCGCUGGCACAAGGUGGAGAAGCUUUCAGCAGCAGGCUGCAGCUGUGUGGGCUAGAUGGCUGUGUGUGUUUCGUUGUUUGAGAGGACAAAUUUAUUGGCAGGUUCACUUGUAACGUGUAAAUGUAGCGUUUGGUUGCAGAAUGACAAACCGCUGAGGAAGCAGAAUCCUGUUCUUAUUAAGUAAUUUAUGUCAGAAAUCAAAAAAAUGAAGCUAUUUUUACUUUCACUUUUAUGUGAAAACCUCAUGAAUCUGUUUUUCUUGAUUUAAAUAUUUUGACUUUGACUAGUGAUCUGAUGAGUCUCAACAGAAUUAGAAUUUUACUACUUUGGGCUUUUGCAAGCUUUAAAUACUACUCUGACAGCCCCAAAAGCUCCUUUUUUAAUUCAUGAACAGUUUGCAUUGUGCAAAAGUAAGUUUUUCUGUCAUUAACAACAGAGAGAGAAUUAGAAAAGAGUUCUUCAAAUGUAAGUACUUCUUUAAAAAUGAAAGCAUUGCUCAUCUGCUCUGUUCUGAAUCUUGAUUUUCUGACAGAACGUCUGCGCAAAGACAUGAUUUUAAUACAAACUACUUGACUAUUUUUGUAAAUAAGCUGACAUGUAUUUAUUUAAAAUCUUUUUUGAAAGUUUUGGGUUGAUAGACGGGAUCACGCGUACGAAGCUGCGUAGAUACACCUUGUGAUCUGACAAACAGCUGAGUGAAGUUCCUCACAGUUCAGACUUAUUCGUCAACAGUUGCAGUUUAAAAAAUUGUAUUUAUGUAAGAUAAGUUAUUUAUUUAUUUGUUGCAAUUCUUUUGUCAUGCCGAUUAACUUAUUUUGUAAUGUGCCUAUCUCCACGUUCAUCGUGUGUACAGUUCUUAAUAAAGAUACGCUACAGA